AGUAAGGGGGGCCUGCAGCAGCGGCAGCAGCAGCUCGCGGCCGGCUCCAGGUCGGCGACGGUGCCGACCACCAUGGGCGUCGGCACGUUCCAGUACGUGGUGACGGUGAGCCUGGGCACGCCCGGCGUGUCGCAGACGAUGGAGGUGGACACGGGCAGCGACGUGUCGUGGGUGCAGUGCAAGCCCUGCGCCGCGCCGGCGUGCUACAGCCAGAGGGACCAGCUCUUCGACCCGGCCAAGUCGUCCACCUACUCCGCCGUGCCGUGCGGCGCGGGCGCGUGCUCGGACCUUGGGAUCUACCAGGCCGGCUGCUCGGGGACUCAGUGCGGGUACGUGGUCAGCUACGGCGACGGGUCCAACACCACCGGCGUGUACGGCUCCGACACGCUGGCGCUGACGCCGGGCAGCACGGUGGGCACGUUCCUCUUCGGCUGCGGUCACGCGCAGGCGGGGCUGUUCGCCGGCAUCGACGGGCUCCUCGCGCUCGGCCGGCAGGCCAUGUCGCUCAAGUCGCAGGCGUCGGGCGCGUACGGCGGGGUCUUCUCCUACUGCCUCCCUUCCAAGCCGAGCUCCGCGGGGUACCUGACGCUGGGCGGGCCGAGCAGCGCGUCGGGGUUCGCGACGACGGGGCUGCUGACGGCGUGGUCCGCGCCGACGUUCUACAUGGUGAUGCUCGCGGGCAUCAGCGUGGGCGGGCAGCCGGUGGCCGUCCCGGCGUCGGCGUUCGCGGGAGGGACGGUGGUGGACACGGGCACGGUGAUCACGCGGCUG